AUGGCCUCGCGUCCGACCGUUUCGAUCGCCACCGCUGAGGGCAAGCCCUCCGGGGCCAGCCACCCCCCUGCCCUCUGUUUUCUCCGCGCCCAUCCGCCCGGAUAUUGUCCAGUGCACACCGGUAUGGCCAAGAACAAGCGCCAGCCCUACGCUGUGAGCGAGAAGGCUGGUGAACAGACCUCUGCUGAGUCCUGGGGUACCGGCCGUGCUGUCGCCCGUAUCCCCCGUGUCUCUGGUGGUGGUACCCACCGUGCCGGUCAGGCUGCCUUCGGUAACCAGUGCCGUUCCGGUCGUAUGUUCGCUCCCACCAAGGUCUGGCGCAAGUGGCACCAGAAGGUCAACCUCAACCAGAAGCGUUUCGCUACUGCUUCUGCUCUGGCUGCCUCCUCCGUCCCCGCCCUCCUGUUCGCCCGCGGUCACCGUGUCGCCACCGUUCCCGAGGUUCCCCUCGUCGUGGACUCCAAGGCCGUCGCCAUCAACAAGACCAAGGCCGCCAUUGCCCUGCUCCAGGCCCUGGGUGCUGGCUCUGAGCUCGUGAAGGUCCAGAAGUCCCGCAAGAUGCGCGCCGGUAAGGGUAAGCUGCGUAACCGCCGCUUCCGCCAGCGCCGCGGUCCUCUGGUCGUCUACGACCCGGAGACCGACGGCACCGACCUCGUCCGUGCCUUCCGCAACAUCCCCGGUGUUGAGACCUCGUCCGUCUUCUCCCUCAACCUCCUCCAGCUCGCCCCCGGUGGCCACCUCGGCCGCUUCAUCGUCUGGACCUCCUCCGCCUUCCAGGCCCUCGACAAGGUCUACGGUACCACCACUGACGCCUCGGCCCUCAAGCGCGACUACCUCCUGCCCUCCAACCUGGUCGCCAACGCCGACCUGGCCCGUCUCAUCAACUCCUCUGAAAUCCAGUCCGUUGUCCGCGCUCCCAAGGGUGAGGCCCGCACCAAGCGUGUCAACGUCCAGAAGAAGAACCCGCUCCGCAACAAGCAGGUCAUGCUCCGUCUCAACCCCUACGCCGCUGCUUACUCCAAGCAGAAGCUCGGCCAGACCGGUGUUGAGGCCGGCAAGCCCACGCGUGCUGGCAAGGCUUUCUUCAAGACUCUGGAUGAGGAGUAA